AUGGAUCAGCAACAACUCCCCCUCUCGCCGCCUUCUGAGCCGACACCGUCGCCUGCAGCCAAGUUGGUCCCGCUCGACUCGCCGCUUCGCACGACUCCCAUCCACGAACUUCUCUCGAGCAUCCGUGUGCCCGGCCCACCUCUAGAGCCACACCAGUAUAAUCCAGUCACCUGUGAGCCAAUCGACGUGGAUGAAGUGGUGCGCGCGCAGCUCGAGCAACUACGCCAAGAGUUCCCCUCGCCCGAAGCGGCACUGAAAGAACAAGAGCAGGUCGCAAGGGAGAUCAAGCAGAAGAUGGAAGAGGCCGAGAAGAAGCGCGAAGAGGUUCAGAAAGCGAUGGACAAGAAAAUCAAGGAGCGAAACACGGAGAUGAAGGUCCUCUCGAAAUAUCAGAAGGUCAAGGCCUCGGAUAUCCCGUCCUGA